UGUAUUUUCCUUCUCUAAAUUACAGCAACAUGUCCAUCACUGACCGAUCCAGACCAGGGUAGCGUGUCUAUAUCGACAAUGGGAUCAGUGACCUCUGCUUUAUAUACAUGUGAGGCUAAUUAUACUUUGUGGGGAACGUCAACUAGAACUUGUCAAUCUGAUACCACGUGGACUGGUGCCGCACCUUCUUGCAGUUGUGAAACACCACCAACGCCCAGUAAUGGUGCAGUGACUGUGAAUUCGGACGGUACAGUAGCAACAUAUAUAUGCACUGUUGGUUAUACUUUGAAUGGUCUAAGAUCACGCAACUGUCAAACAGCAUCAGCUACCUGGGAGGGCAAUGAACCAAACUGCACUGAAUGUGAGGCAUUUACAACAAUAACCGGUCAGACAUUUACUUUAUCUACAAACGGGACAGAUACCUCAGUGAGCUUUGUAUGUUUCCCCGGGUACACACUAAGUGGCUCUUCUUCACUCUCCUGCUCGGCUGAUGGAACCUGGAACUCCCAGCAACCGAAUUGUGUUUCGUGUGCAACAUUGACCAAUCCAGCCAGCGGAAGUGUUACAUUGUCCAGUAGUGGCGGUACCACUACAGCUACCUAUACUUGUUCUGGCGGUUACACCUUGCAAGGAGAUGCUACCAGAACUUGCCAGUUAGAUGGUACUUGGAAUAAUGUACAACCUACCUGUGUAUGUAACCAACCGAACAGUCCUUCUAAUGGAGCUGUUGUAGCAAAUGGAGAAACUGCGACAUACACCUGUAACGUUGGUUUCACGUUGAAUGGAGCUGUUACAAGAACCUGUCGGACGGAUGGCACAGGCUGGAGCAGCACAGAUCCUCAGUGUUCUGCAUGUAAUGCUCUAUCCUCCGUGACUGGAGGCUCAUAUACUACAUCAACCACUGGCACCGUUACGUCAGCUAAAUAUUCGUGCCAGGUCGGGUACAGUAUAGAUGGUGUUACAACAAUAACUUGCAAUCCAGACGGAUCUUGGAGUAGCUCAUCUCCCUCAUGUAUCUUAUGUCCAACAUUAACGAAUCCCUCUAGUGGGACAGUGACAUUGUCAACUUCUGGUACAAAGACUUCGGCAACGUAUACAUGCGCGUCCGCAUAUCAUUUAAAUGGAAAUUCUAUCCGACUCUGUAACUCGGACGGAACAUGGAGUCUUGUGGAACCGACAUGCACUUGUCAGUCCCCAUCCGGUCCACUGAAUGGACUGUUGACAGAUGAUGGAGCAACUGCGACAUACACUUGUGACCAAGGCUAUUCCCUGUCUGGGUCAUCUACAAGAACAUGUAAUACAGACGGGACAGGAUGGAGCGGAUCAGACUCGACUUGCAACAUAUGUGAAACAUUAUCCACUCCCACGGGCGGCACUGUCAUAAUAACUACGGAUGGUGUUAACACUCGAGCGGCCUUUACGUGUUAUAACAGUUAUACGUUAAAUGGAGUAUCUCCAAUCACAUGCAGAAGUGAUGGGUCAUGGGACUUUACCGCACCAUCAUGCUCAAAGUGUCCUGACUUGUCUGAUCCCGACAGUGGUACUCUCACAAUGACAACCAGCGGUUCUGUUACCACAGCAACGUUCACGUGUCAGUCCGGAUAUUACCUCAAUGGAGCAUUCACUCUAACAUGCGGAUCGGACGGCUUGUGGAGCAGUGAUUCGCCAACCUGCAAAUGCAACUUUCCUGCACAACCAGGUAAUGGUGGAGUUUCUGUAUCCGGGACUGGUUCAGUAGCCACUUACUCAUGUGAUACGGGAUAUUCCCUUAAUGGCUUAUCAGCAAGAACCUGCCAAACGGACGGCACUGGCUGGGAAGGCUCGGACCCAUCAUGCACUGUGUGUCAAACAGUAGUAAACCCUACAUUAGGAACGUUUAGUUUAAGUUCCAAUGGAACUCACACAACAGCGAUAUAUGCUUGUGAAGUUGGUACAACAUUGAGUGGCGUCAGUGUACAAGUGUGCACCGCAGAUGGCUCUUGGGAGUCAACACCACCUACUUGCGCUGGUUGCCCAACACUUGCUUCUCCUGGAAGUGGAUCAGUAACGUUAUCGGCAAGCUCGUCUUCUACUAUUGCAACAUUCACAUGUGUGGCAGGAUAUUCACUUAACUCAUCUAGCGUACUGACCUGUACCUCCGCAGGGACAUGGGAUCUUCCUUCACCUUACUGUAUUUGUAAUUCACCUUCAACCAUUGCCAACGGAGAUAUCAAUCUGUCAGAUAACCUACGCACUGCAACUUACACAUGUAACGUUGGCUAUGUCCUGGUUGGUUCGGAGACAAGGACCUGUCAGGAUGAUGGAACGGGGUGGGACGGAACAAGUCCUGUAUGCGUGUUGUGCCCAUCCCUGACUGAUCCGUCAAGUGGUACAGUAACAUUGUCUACUACCGGUACGCAGACAAUGGCUAUAUAUUCAUGUGUCUCGGGGUACAGUCUGAACGGUGAUGCAGAGAGAACGUGUAAUUCGGACGGUACAUGGAGUCUUGUAGAACCAACAUGCACUUGUAAGUCUCCAGCUAAUCCUCUGAAUGGAGUUGUAAUAGAUGAUGGAAAUUCAGCUUCCUACUUGUGUAACCAAGGUUAUUCUAUGAAUGGAACAGCAACAAGGUCCUGCGCUGCUGAUGGUACAGGAUGGAGUGGAGCAGCCCCAACCUGCAGUACGUGUGGCACUUUGUCAACACCAUCAGGUGGCGCUGUUUCACUCAGUACAGAUGGACUCAAUACACAGGCAUCGUAUACUUGCAACAAUGGAUACACGUUAAAUGGAGUUAAUUUAAUCACUUGCAGAAACGAUGGCUCGUGGGAUUUUACAGAACCAACAUGUGAAAAAUGUCCAGAGUUAUCUGACCCUGAUAGUGGUACGUUAACAAUGACGACUACUGGCUUCAUUACAACAGCGACAUUUUCGUGCCAGUCAGGAUACUAUCUUAAAGGAGAAUUUUCGAUUUCAUGUGGGACUGAUGGAACAUGGAGCGAUGACGCGCCUUUAUGUAAGUGUAAUUUCCCUGCUCAGCCUAGUAAUGGACAAGUUUCUCUGUCUGGCACUGGAACAACGGCUACUUAUACAUGUGAUACCGGUUACACACUGAAUGGACUGUCAGCGCGGACCUGCCAGAAUGACGGCACGGGAUGGGAAGGCUCAGAACCUGUGUGCACACUAUGUCAAACGCUGUCCAAUCCUGCCAAUGGAACGUUCAGUCUAACCACGAAUGGUACGCAAACAACAGCUUCUUACGCAUGCGCAGUAGGUACGUCUCUAGAUGGGGAAAGUCAGAUUGUGUGCAAUGCUGAUGGCUCUUGGCAAUCAACGCAGCCGACUUGUGUUCAAUGUCCAGCUCUAAGUGAUCCAGACAGUGGAUACGUGUCGUUCUCUACCAGUGGAUUAACAACAACAGCUGACUUUUCAUGUGUUACCGGCUACACCAUCAAUUCAACUAGCAUACUGACAUGCCUGUCAUCGGGCGCAUGGGACCUUCCAUCACCAUUCUGUAUUUGUCAGUCUCCACCACUUCUUUCCAACGGACAAUUCAACAUCUCUGCAGACUUGCAGACAGUGACCUACACAUGUAAUGUAGGCUAUGUGCUGGUCGGUUCUGUGACAAGAACUUGUCAGAAUGACGGAACGGGGUGGGAUGGAAUAUCACCUGUGUGUGAAUUUUGCAAUUCAUUGAGUAACCCGGUUGGUGGUAGUUUUUCUCUGGCCUCCGACGGUUUGACGACGACGGCGAACUACAGCUGUGUAGCGGGGUAUACAUUGGUCGGGAACAUAGAACGAACUUGCCAACAGGAUAAAUCUUGGAGUCCAUCUUCUCCGUCAUGUGUUCGAUGCAAUGCUUUAAAUAUUCUCUCAAGUGGUGAUAUCGAAAUUUCAACUGAUGGUUUCACAAGCACAGCUGUACACACGUGCGUCACUGGGUACACUUUAGUUGGCUCGAGUGAAAGAUUUUGCCAGUUAGAUGGUUCUUGGGAUGGAAUAGCUCCUGUGUGCGAUUGUGAGCCUCCUAGUGUUCCUUUAAAUGGUGCAGUUGUAGCUAACGGCAAGACAGCAAACUACACGUGCAAUGUGAACUACACAUUGCUAGGGCAGUCCGUCAGAACUUGCCAGACUGACGGAACUGGGUGGACAGAUGGCGAUCCACAAUGUAAUUUGUGUCAGACAGCCGUUACACCAACAGGCGGAUUGUUUACACUAGAAACAACGGGUACCCAGACAUAUGCCCUGUAUUACUGUGAGAAUGGGUACACCCUAAAUGGGGCUUACAAGGUCUACUGUCAAUAUACUGGUAACUGGGACACCACGCCUACGUGUGUCAAAUGUGAAACGCUUCUUGUGCCAGACAGUGGAAGUGUUACAACAACAUCUACCAGCAGAAUAACAUCGGCGAUAUACUCGUGCUUUCCGGGAUAUAACCUGAUCGGUUCAAAUACAAGAACUUGUCAGCCUGACGGCACUUGGGACCUCACAGCUCCGACAUGUUCAUGUCAGUCACCGGCUAGUAUACAGAAUGGAUACAUGACAGACAAUGGAGAAACUGCAACUUACACUUGUGACGUUGGAUACUCGUUAGAUGGUACCACUUCUCGCACAUGCGCAGCAGAUGGUUCCGGCUGGUCCGGAACAGAUCCAGUAUGCAAUCCGUGUGAGACGUUGACAUCACCUACCGGCGGAACCGUCACUAUGACAACAAGUGGACACGUGACAUUGGCGGCUUAUAGCUGCGACCUUGGGUACACACUCAAUGGCAUUGAAAAUAUUACUUGUCGAAGCGAUGGAACAUGGGGAUUUAACCAACCAGAGUGUGUCAUGUGUCCAAUAUUGACGAACCCCGGAAGCGGAAGUGUUACUUUGGCAACCAAUACAAAGACUACCUCAGCAACUUUCAGUUGUAACAGCGGAUAUUACGUCAGUGGCCAGCUUACAAUCACAUGUCAAACAAAUGGAGCUUGGAGUAGCGACGCCCCAUCUUGCAAAUGUAUUACACCAGUUACUCCUGUGGAUGGUUCAGUGUCAGUUUCGGACACGGCACAGGGACCUGUGGCUACAUACCUCUGUGAAUUAGGAUACAGUAUCAAUGGCCCAGCAUCUAGACUUUGCCAGAACGACGGCUCCGGAUGGGAAGGGACUGACCCAACAUGCAAUAUCUGUGAUUCUAUCUCAGCCUCAACAGAACUUACAUUUAGCAUUUCUACAAAUGGUUUUACAACAUAUGGGGAGUACGCAUGCGCAAUUAACUACACAUUGGCUGGUGAAUAUGCGCAGACUUGUCAGCCUGAUGGGACAUGGAAUUAUCCACCGCCCUCCUGUGUUAGCUGUAUGGGUAAGAACUCACCACUGAGUGGUGCCGUAACAUUUGCAACUGACGGUCUCAACACUCAUGCAACAUUUUCAUGUGUGCCCGGGUACGAUCUGUCCUCGUCCGGAAUCACCACGUGCCAGACGGAUGGUAGCUGGGAUCUACCGGAUCCCUUAUGCGUUUGUCAACCACCACCUGCUAUAAUCAACGGGCACUAUGAUUUAAUUGAAAACGGGAUGAUAGCAAAUUACUCGUGCGAUGUGUUCUAUGAACUUGUAGGACCACAACAGAGGCUGUGCCUCACUGACGGUACGGGCUGGAAUGGAACAGAACCGCGAUGUGAUUUAAUCAUUACAACUACACCGGCAGGCAAACGAAAGGAUGAGACAGUUCUGCCAAUUCCUACAGCAGCUUUUAUCGCCAUAUUUGUCGUAGUAAUUAUAAUUUUGAUCGUCUCUAUACUGAUUUCCGUUGGCUGGUACCUCAGAUACAAGAAAGUGACCCAGCGUGUCGGCACUACAAUUGAUUCUUCUGACAGCAGAACAAUGAGUGAGCCUCGAUUUAAUUUCGAGUCCCCGGAUAUUGAGGAUGGAACGUUACUAAUAACGAAAGAUUCGGAACCUGCUAAGGCGACCUUUAAUGUGAAAUCGCUAAAGAAGAAGUCAUCAACGCUGUCUAUAGAUACGAAUAAAGCAGACGAAGAAUUAAAAUCUAUUAAGUCUAAUUCAGAGACGAAUGGGAAAGUAUUACAGAACGGCGGGACAGAGCUUGUUGAAAGUGGAACACCACCUCAUGUACCUCUUAGUUCAGUACGGUUACCUAAGUUACCUCCAAGGGCGCCGCGUAAAAGUGACGGCACGCGGCAGAAACGCAAACGGCGCCGCGUUGAACGCCGCGAAGAAGCGGCGACUAUUAAAGAGCCAAAACCGCGAACAUCUACGCCAAUAGAAAUUGUUAUGAAUAGAACAAACACUCCAGAUGUACUUUCAUCAGAGCAAUUUGAAUAUAUCCAGCCUGUAUAUUGCCGUGAAAUAGAAACGCCGGCGCCCAGUCGCCCGACAACAGCGGUGUUAUCGAACCGAGGACAGACGACAGAAAGCAAUGUAUAGCUCACAUCAAAAUCAAACGCAUAUUUGUAUUACAGCAUCUGAUGUGAUAAUUUUAUUACUGUGAUAUUUAUGUCAAAACUACAGAUGGUUAAGGUUUCCAAUUAUAGAAACUUAUUAAAAGUGAAGUCACAUAAAUUACUGUUUUUAAACGUAAAUUGUCGAUUACAUUAUGGAAGCAUGAUGAUAUGCCAAUAUUUAUUAUGAAAUAUGGUGUCAGUUAUUCCACGACACUACCUCAACUGCUGUUAACCUCAUGUUGUCUUUUCUCGGUUCGCAGCAAAUGUUGAAACUGUAGUUAUUGUUGACAUAAUUGUACAACUUAUAAUGAGUUUCCUUAAGAGAAAAUUUACAUAAAUUAUUUCUACACCAAGGCACGAUCGUUGUAAUGCAGAUGUUGCGAUGCUGAUACAAAGCAUAUGGUUAAAAAAGGUUACAAACACCUGUAAAUUUCAUCACACAAUGAAAUAUUGUUUUUUUAUAUGUAGUAAUGUAGUACGUAAUUUAUUAAUUAAAAUAUCGGUAAAUCAA